AUGACUGCAUCAUUUGAGUAUCGAGCUAUUCUAAGUAAGAUAGAAGAUCUCGUGUCGGAUGAAGAUAGACAACGAUUGAAUUUUCUUCUCGGUGAUGAUCCUUCACAAAUUUUGAGUGAAAACUCUCCAAUUGAUUAUCAAGCGAAUGGAAAUCAAAGAACUGUUUCGAUUGAAGGGGUUUUACCACGCGACAAUGAAGAAGAUAAGAUUGGACAUACUGCAUUGAUGUUUGAUAAAUCUGAUCGCUGCACACCUACAGAAAGUAAAACGUCAACGAGUUCGUCAGUAUUCGUGCACAAUAAAAAGCAAGUUGAUGCUAAUCAAUCCUAUUGGAGUAAUCGAAUAUGGAAAAAAUCAUUAAACAUUUACCACCGGAUUUUAAUCAGCAUUAUUGUUCUUCUUGGUGUAAUCAGUCUUCCAUUAGUUAUUGUUCAAACAUGGAAGCAUAUUGAACGUUCUUCACAACUCAAACAAGCUGCCAAAUUUAUCAAUGCUGCACAGCAAUAUUACAUAAAUGUACAAUACACAAAAGCUCUUGAAAACUACGACAAAGCUCUCGCAAUUCAAACAAAAAUUUUCGCCGAAUUCCACCCAGAUUUAGCUGCGCGCUACGAAAACAUAGGUUCAGUGUAUUUUGAUAUGGGUCAUCAUUCAAGAGCUCUAGAAAACUAUCAUAAAGCACUGGAUAUUCUACAAAGAACCCUUCCGUCAACCCAUCCUAACUUAGCUAGCUUGUACAGCAACAUAGGUUUAGUGUAUUCUCGAAUGGGCGAUCGCUCAACGGCUCUUCAGAACUAUGACAAUGCACUUCAAAUUCAGCAGAAAGUUCUACCACCAACUCAUCCAGAUUUAGCCAAAACUUAUAACAAUAUAGGUUCAGUGUAUUCACACAUACGUGAACACUCACGAGCUCUGGAGAACUAUGACAAAGCACUCGAAAUUCUGGAGAGAACUCUUCCAUCGACUCAUCCUAACAUAGCCACCUGUUACAACAACAUAGGUACGGUGCAUUCUGACAUGGGUGAGUACUCAAGAGCUCUUGAAAGUUACGAGAAGGCUCUUGCUAUUUAUCGAAAAACUUUACCACCUACCCAUCUCAAGCUAGCCAAGGGUUAUAAUAACAUCGCCAGUGUAUAUUUCAAUAGGGGCGAACACGCCAGGGCUCUUGAAAAAUACAAGAAGGUUCUCGAAAUUCAACAAAAAGUUCUAUCACCGAUGCAUCCUGAUUUAGCAAGUACGUACAAUAAUAUGGGUGCAGUGUAUUCGGCUAUGGGCCAAUACACGAGAGCUCUGGAAACUCACAAAAAGGCACUAGCAAUUCGACAGAAAACUCUACCGUCCACACAUCCAGAUUUGGGCACCACUUACAACAGCAUAGGUAUCGUAUAUUCCGCUAUUGGCCAAUAUACAAGAGCACUGGAAAAUUAUCACAAGGCACUGAAAAUUCGUCAGAAAGCUCUGUCGCCAACUCAUUCUGCUUUGGGCGGUACUUAUACCAACCUAGGAAUGGCAUAUUCUGAUAUGGGCGAUCAUUCACGUGCUCUGAAGAACUACAAGAAAGCGUUAGAAAUCCAACGAAAAGCUCUUCCACCAACUCAUCCCAAUUUAGCUAAGAGUUACAAUGACAUUGCCAGCGUGUACUCCAACAUGGGUGAACAUCCACGAGCUCUCGAAAACUAUAAGAAAGCGUUCGAAGUUCUACUUGAAACAUUACCACGAGUGCAUCCCAAUCUCGCUACAGCUUAUAACAACAUAGGUGUGGUAUACUAUGUUAUGGGCGAAUAUCCAAGAGCUCUGGAAAACUAUAAUCGAGCACUUGAAAUUCAACUACAGGUUUUUUCAUGGAAUCAUCCGGCUAUUAGUACGACUUACAACAAUAUAGCUUUGGUUUAUUUUGCCAUGGGCGAUCGUCCGAGGUCUCUUGAAAACUAUGACAAAGUGCUUGAAAUUCUACAAAAAGCUUUACCGGGAAUUCAUCCAAAGUUCGCCACCACUUACAACAAUAUUGGUUUAGUGUAUUCUGAUAUGGGUCAUCAUUCAAGAGCUCUAGAAAACUAUCAUAAAGCACUGGAUAUUCUACAAAGAACCGUUCCGUCAACCCAUCCUAACCUAGCUAGCUUGUACAGCAAUAUAGGUUUAGUGUAUUCUCAAAUGGGCGAAUAUCCGAGAGCUCUUGAGAACAACAACAAGACACUUGAAAUUCAACAGAAAAUGUUGCCAUCAACUCAUCCAGAUUUAGCUAAAACUUAUAACAAUAUAGGUUCCAUAUAUUCAUAUAUGCUUGAACACUCACGAGCUCUGGAGAACUAUGACAAAGCACUCGAAAUUCUGCAGAGAACUCUUCCAUCGACUCAUCCUAACAUAGCUACCUGUUACACUAACAUCGCAGAUGUGUAUUUCAACAUGGGUGAACACUCAAAAGCUCUUGAAAACUACAACCAGACACUUGCUAUUCAGAAACAAACUCUGCCACCGACUCAUCCCAGUCUAGCCAAGAUUUAUUUUAAGAUAGGCUUAACAUUCACAAGACUGAGCGAAUAUUCCAAAGCACUGGAAUAUUACGAGAAGGCAGUUCAAACAAAUCGGACUGUCUUAUGA